AUGGCCAUUCUUGCUUUGGCGAUGCUGCGUGUGCUUGCCGUCGCCUCGCUCCUCUGGGCUAGCGUCGGUGCUAGCACCACGACGUGCCCGUACUCGCACCUGAACGCGACGUCGGUCCUCGUGAGCAACGAGCUCUGCAAGACAUUUACGGCGCCAUGCCUCGUGUCAUCGACCUCGUGUGUCGUCAAGGGCAGCGCGACGCUGACGCCGCGACCCGCCAACUCGUUCAAGGACGGCCCGGGCUGGUACAUUGUGGAUGCUGUCGGAGACAUGUCGACGUACUCGGCCCACUACCUGUCGCUGAAUACGCAGACAAGUCCCGCCGCGCUCGACCUGUCGACCAUGGUCCUCCCCGAGAGUCUCGAGACGUUUGCAGUAGAAGGUGCGGUGACGCUGCCCCGUCAUGCGUGGCCCUCCACGCUUACGUCGCUACAAAUUGGUGGCACCGAGAAGUACGACCUACCAAUGCCCUCGGACCUGCCGUCGUCCGUGACGAGCUUGAAAUGGGACGGGAUGAAGCUCACAAAAGUUCCGACUAUUGCGCCGCAGUGGUUGUCCUUGAGUCUCGCGCGGAAUCCCAUCACGGAGAUUGUCAACCUCGAUAUUUCUUCCCUUGUCUACUUUUCCUUGUGGAGUGCGCCGCUCACCAAAAUCGAAAACAUCACCUUCUCGCCCAAGCUCAACUACCUAAGCUUCUCGGGACGCAUUUCGACCUUUACACUCUCCAAAAUAGCCUUCGACAUUCUCAAUGGACUUUCCAAAGUCUCGAACGGCGUCGGCUACGAACUGUACAUGUGCAGCGUCAACAUCGACACUGCCGCGUGCACUCAAAGCCACGGCGUCGUCUCGCGCCUCUGGGCCAAAGACCCCGACGCUAACUUUGCCGUCUGUGUCGUGCGAGAUGUCGGUGUCAUUGCUGGGGCUGCCGCGGCAGGGGUCGUCGUCGUCCUACUCAUCGGCUGCUGUCUCUGGAAGCGACGCCAGUCAACGCCGUCCACCGACGACGGCUACCACGCCCCCAUACCGCUCCAAACGCUCUCGAAAUCUGGCAACCAUUCAACAGGCCAAGCGACCGACACCAUGCUCGCAGGAGACAAGUCGCGCCCGCGCGUCGACGUGGAUCUUGACAGCCUCUGCUUGCUGCGCCUUGUGCCGAGCGAGCUCCAAGUGCUGGGUAGCGACCCGCUGGCGGCCGGCGCCCACGGGGAAGUGUGGCGCGGGACAUACGCCCAGCAGCCCGUUGCGGUCAAACGGUCCAAGGACAAGUCGGCCAAAGCGAUUGCAAAGAUGUCGGCUGAGAUCCUCCUCAUGGCCAAGAUGGACUGUCCGUACAUUGUGUCGCUCAUUGGUGCGAGUUGGCUGCGUCCAACCGACCUCGAGUGCGUCGUGGAGCUCAUGGAUCUGGGCGACCUUCGCUCGUUUCUGUCGUCGACGGCGCCACUGGCGUACAACUGGGCGCAAAAGCAAGAAAGCGUCUCGGACGUCGUCCAAGGUCUUGUGUAUCUUCAUACGUUUGAUACGCCAAUCAUCCACCGCGAUCUCAAGUCCCGCAACGUCCUUCUCGACUCAAAGAAGGGUACGAAGCUCACGGACUUUGGCGAGUCCCGUGAGAUGGACGAAGAGACCCUUACGAACGGCAUUGGCACGUACCAGUGGAUGGCGCCCGAGAUCUUUACGGGCCACGACUACUCGACAGCGGCGGAUGUCUACUCGUUUGGGGUCUUGCUCUCGGAGUACUCGACGCACCGUGUGCCGUACGCCGACAUGAUCAACCCGCGCACCAACAAGCCGAUGAACCAGCAGUUCAUCAUGCACCAAGUGACGUCGGGUGCGAUUACGCCAACGUUUGACACGACGACAACGCCGACGUGGGUCCUGGAGCUGUCCAAGCAGUGCCUUGCGUUCGACCCGGAAGACCGCCCGAGCAUGCUCUCUGUCUUUCAAGUUGUGCGAACUACUUUGGCAAUUUAG